AUGAAAUUCAUAUUCAUCGCGACAUUAUGGUUGUUGGUCACGUGCAUCGCCAAAAUUGCGUUCACCCAUUUAAAAAAGAAAUUCAAUCAGAUUCCCGAAUCUGGUCUUCAAAUAUUUCUCGGAUUGGCGCUGGCUGCAAUUUUCUCUGCAACUGGAUUCUCAACACAAUUCUACUACUUCGAUGCUCACACCUUCUUCUCAUUUCUACUUCCACCCAUCAUUUUUGAUGCAGGAUUCUUUAUGCCAAAUCGCGAUUUCUUCAAUAAUUUCGAGAAAAUCAUGGUAUUCGCCGUGAUUGGAACCGUUUUCAACACAUUCGCUAUCGGUGGCUCUUUGGCGUUUUUGAGCUCAUAUAAGCUAUUCAGCUUCAAUCCGAAAACGUCUGAGAUGCUACUUUUCGCAUCACUGAUAUCAGCGGUUGAUCCAGUUGCUGUGAUUGCAGUCUUCGAGGAAAUGCACGUGAACAAGCCAUUGUUCGUGACUGUGUUCGGAGAAGCACUAUUCAAUGAUGCAAUUUCCGUGGUUCUAUUUGGAAUAUUCAAGAGUUUUACGCUUGCUGCCGACUCUGUCCAAAAUAUUGACUAUUUCUAUGGAAUCAUCAGUUUUUUCAUUGUUUCUCUGGGUGGUGUGUUGAUCGGAGUUGUGACCGCAUUCGCAACAGCAUUGCUAACAAAGUAUUCUCAGUGCGCUCCUGUAAUCGCAUCAUUAAUAGUAUUCAUUCUAUCCUACCUGGGCUAUGUAGUUUCGGAAAUAUUUUCGUUCUCCUCAAUAAUUGCUGCAGCCGUAUGUGGUAUGACAUUGAGACAGUUCAUCCGCAAAAAUGUCGAUUCUGAAUCGCUUUCGGCUAUCAAAACGUUCACAAGAAACCUUGCAAUCUCAUCGGAAUCGUUUACAUUUAUACUUUUGGGACUUGCUGUGAUUUCGGUACCACACCACUGGGAUACGCUGUUUGUUAUUGCAACAAUCGCUAGUUGCCUUAUCUACCGAUUUGUCGCCAUUUUGGGAUUGUCGUGGAUUUUAGGUUGUUUGAGAAACCAGAAAAUAAACCUGAAUGAGCAACUGGUCAUGUGUUUUGGGGGUUUGCGCGGAGCAAUUGCGUUUGGAAUUGUGGUUUCAAUGUCCGACGAAAUCGAAGGAAAGCAAAUGUUCACCACGGCAACAUUGGCGGUCAUUUUCUUUUCUGUUAUUAUUCAAGGAAUGAUAAUUCGGCCACUUCUCAAAGUAUUGAAGAUAAAGACUUUGACGAAUGAAGAAAUCUCAAUUCCUGAUGAGGCCGGAAUUCAAAAAAUGGAAAUUUCAGAGCCAAAUGAAAAUGACAAUUACUAUAAGAGAUUCAAGGUGUUUCGAGAAAAACGUUUUGGAUGGUUGACAAUUCGAAAUCUCAGAAACUCCACUUAA